AAAUUAGAAUAAAAAAGCAGUGUAUGGUAAACAAAAGCGUUUAGUAGAGGAAUGUCUUCCUUACGUGUUAAUCUUUUUAAUGAAAAUUUUCUCAAUGAAUCUGAGCAAGAUGCUAAUUCCGUGCUGACGGAAUUAGAUAAAGGAUUACGGUCAACAAAGAUCGGUGUACAAUGUGAAGCUAUCGUCCGUUUCCCACGUUUAUUUGAAAAAUAUCCAUUUCCUAUAUUAAUUAAUUCGUCUUUUCUGAAAUUGGCGGAAUUUUUUUUGAACGGCUCGAAUUUGUUACGUUUUUGGGUUCUAAGAGUUUGUCAGCAAAGUGAAAAUCAUUUGGAUAAAAUAUUAAAUAUAGAUGCAUUUGUUAAGCGCAUUUUCAUGGUGAUGCAUUCAAAUGAUCCCGUUGCUAGAGCCAUAACAUUGCGUACCUUGGGUGCAGUCUCUCGCGUUAUUCCCGAAAAGCAGCAGGUACAUCACGCUUUGCGCCGUGCUUUGGAUAGCCACGACACUGUAGAAGUGGAGGCAGCUGUUCAUGCGAGUGGCCAAUUUGCUGCUCAGUCACGCUCUUUCGCGAUUAGCAUGUGCGCUAAAAUAUCCGACAUGAUUGAAUCAUUACAAAUACCGGUGCCUAUGAAGUUGCAGUUGAUACCUGUGCUGCGUCAUAUGCAUCAUGAUGCUAAUACCGCCACUUUAGUAAGAAAACUUUGCCUAAAUUUAUUACCAAAGUAUCCGGCUGAAAGUUUUGUUGUAGCGAUUUUGGCUUCAUUAACUGAAUUAUCUGCAAGGACAUUAACGGGAGUGCCAGAUCAAGUAAAAUUACUUUUACAGUUUAUAAAUGAUAGCCGUAAGGCUGUUAGAGUUCAAGCCUUAAAGUCCUUAAGGAAAUUAGCGGAUGAACCAUGUGUUCAUGCAUGGCCUAAAGUAGCAACUAAAGAUUUAAUAGCUAAAGCUUUUGUCUGCUGUGAUCCCUCGGAACAGUAUCUAUUUCUGAAAAUUUUACUAAAGCUUAGUAAUCAUCCUCUAACUUGUCAUGUUCUAUUAGCGCAGGACGAGGAGCCUUCUGUAAGAGAUCUCUGCAAAAUUUGCUUGAGCUUGAACAAUUAUGAAACGUGCUGUGAAGCCAUAACGGUGUUGGCUUCUUUGGUUACUUAUGCAGAUGAAAGUGAUCGGAACAACUGCGUCAACGUUAUCAUGGAACUUAUUGAUUUGCAUUUGCAAAGUCUUUUAAUAUGCACAGUACGGGAUAAAAAUCAUGCAGGAGAUUUACGCAAGGUUCUGGCUUGUGGAAUACGCGUGGCAGGUGUGAAAUCAGAAUUUGGGAUGGAAUUAGUUAUAACUUUAGCUAAUAUUCUAAAUGAUAAUGUGGUAUAUCCUUCAGCAAACGCAGAAGUUAUAUGUGAAGCAUUAGGGGCGCUUUGUUCACAUUUUCAGUUAAGUAAAUUUGGACCUUCAUCGGAUUCAAAUGGCGUUGACCAGAAAAGGAAAAAACAGACCAAUCCGAUACUUAAAAAUCUACUUUUAGUUAUGCGCAAACUUAGCACCGCUGUUGAAUCUGCUUCUGCAGAUGACAACUCGCGCACUGUAGAAAUUCUCAGUGCUGUGGCUUUACAAGCAUUGAUGGGUUGUUUUAUGCCGACGCCAAUAAUGAGAACGUUUGAACAAAUUCUAUCAAAAUGCAAUGGCUGGACUCAAUAUCGUAUAGCUCGUUCAGCUAGCCGUUACGGUCAACAUAACUUGGCAGCUCAUAUCUACUUGAAAAUAUCUCGGGGCACAGUAGUGGAUAAAUUGCAUUUCUUUCUUACAGGAUUGUCGCAAAUGGCCGAAGCUGAGUGCAUACUUAACUAUGGAGUGGUGUAUGAGUUCAUGGAGCAAAACUAUGAGGCAUGUGAGAAUUAUAUAGUACGUGGUGUUCCUACGGACCGAAGUAUACCUUUAAUGCAGAGACUAGAAACCGCAAUAAAUUUAUAUUGGCAGAGUCUAGCCAGUUUACGGGCCAGUUCGUCCCCAACUCAUCCUUUCACAUUUCAGUUAGAAUUUUUAAAAUUGAGAGCGCAAUUCCUGCAAACAUUACACUUUGCUAUAACUAUUAAAAAUGCCCAAAUUAUAGUACCGCCCCCAGCUAUUGCAGGAAGUUUGGCACAAAAUUCUCGAGAUUAUUUGCAAAAAUUUGGCCAUGUCACAAAUCAAUUGCGUAAACUUGUUAGAGAACUUAAAGGUUGUGAAGAAUCAUUUGGACGGCUAUAUAAAUCGGCUUUUGAUGCAGAUCCCACUACAUUGGAAUUUUUAGAGAUAAUUCAAUAUCAGUGUCUAUUGUUUGCACAUAUUGUCGAAACAAUUUGUUUUGCUACACCAUCUGAUGCCCCGGUCUCCCAGGUGAAUGGAAGAUGCCCAGAAACUAAGUAUAUGUUGGCCUGUUGUCGGCGUAUGGAACAAUUGGGUAAAACGGUCCCGGAGGAGUCUGCUAACAAUAAAACUAUCAAUAAUUUUCACUUGGAUAUUAUACUAGCAGAAAUUGAAAUUAUUACGAAGACUCCUUUGUGUUUGCCGCGCUAUUUCUUCCAGGUUUUACAAUCGACACAAAUUAAGUUAUCAAUUAGCCCCCAACCGCGAAGUGAUUGCAAACCGGUAACUGUGCAACCCGGCAGUAAUUUGGUAAUAAAAGUUGAAGGCGUUAUUCAACAUUACGGCAGAAGGCCAUCGCUGUUUCGUAGUGUGGAAUCAAUACAGUUAAGUUUGGUCUCAAAAUUACUUAUGUCUCGACCAGCCGGUGAAACUUUGAAAAACGCAACUGAUACUGUAACUUUGACUCAAGUAGUUAAACCUCAACGUGAUUUCCUUUCUGGUAACUUUUUGCUACCAAUUUCCAGUGGGGGCCACUGGCAAGUGACUCUUGAAACUUACGUUAUUGAUGAAAACGGUAUAACUUGGUGCACAGGGCCGAAAAAUACUAUGUUGGUGCGAGUGUUAGACGACCCAAGUAAAGCGCAAACAGCGCCCGCCCCAUCCGCACAGGCAAGGCGUUUUUAAAUUUAAAGUUA